GAGGUAUACAGUGAAGAGGACUUGAUCACCCGCCUUCUCAGCCGUUACGUGAAGGAAGCUCGGCCAGUUAUUAAUCCCAAUGAAGCUGUUUCUGUUUCUGUCAAGUUUUCAUUCGUCAGAAUUGAAGACUUGGUAAAUUUCAUUUUUGUUAAUAAUUAGGAGCGCAUCAUGCCAGUUUGGUAAUGUAAUCAAUAUUAAUGUAAUAAUUUGAAUUGAAAGCUAUUAUCAACCCCAAUUUAUUUAUGUUUAUGAAUUCAAAAAUACUUUUUACAGCUGCUUGUUUAUUUUUCUUUCUUUUUAAAAAAAUUAUUUUAGUAUUUUUAGCUUCAGUUCAUUAAAAACCAAUAUUGACACCUAGCUUUGACCCACAUCUGUAUGGUAAAAAUGAAUUCUUUGAUAAAAGUAUUGUUAUUUUUAAUAAUAAUGUUAUGAUUUUGCAAGUAUUUUUUUACAUUUGAUAAUUUCAAAAUAUUUGAAUUCAAAUAAAUUGAUUAUAAAUGCAAUUAAAGUAUUCUCAUUUACUGAGUUUUUUUUUUAAAGUUAAUGCUCUCCCCUGGAAUACUACAUGUUACAAUGUGACUUUCUCCUACACUGUUAACGUAUUUCAUUUAAUUUCAUGACAAAAACAGGAUGAGGCCACAGAUACAUUUUCAUCCUCGGUGUUCAUUGUUCAGGUCAGUUGUUCACCUUGUUUACUUUUCACUUUAAAAGUUUCCCCUGACGCCGCCGUGGCAUUUUAGGUGGCAACUAGAAUUUUCCUCCUGUUAAGUUCCUUCAUGAUUGGAUAACAGCGUCAGAGCAAGGGCGGAUAAAAAAAAAUUUGACCACAUUUUAAAUGUGGGAGGCACUUGCGGUCAGUAAAUUAUGCAUGAAUGGAUUGGUUUACUUCUAAGGAGAUAUGCUUUGACAGAUCCUUAAUAGUCAUUUCCGGGGGCCAUUGAAUUACUACAAGCAACUUUGCUUGAAAUGAAUUGACAGAUAUAUUCAACAACAGUAACUGAACCUAAGUUUAUCUAUUUCCCAAAAGUUAACGGACAGUUUCCUUCCCUAUUUCCCAAAAGUUAACAGACAGUUUCCUUCCCAUCUGCAGAUGUGGAAUGACCCGAGGUUGAAAUGGAAUGUCUCAGAGUUUGGUGGUGUUCGCAAUGUCCGGCUGCCAGCCAGCAAACUAUGGAUUCCAGAUCUGGUACUCUAUAAUGUGUGAGUUAAACUUCAUCUCCCAAUGUGUUUUCAUUUCUCAGUCCAGUGCGUACGCAUUAGACAGGAAAUGGUUUAAUCUGUUGGAAGUUAAUUGGUGUGUUACUCACCAUAAAUCAGUUGAGUGUGGUCUUGAAAGUUUGGGGGGGGGGGGGGGGCAGGCUCACUCUGGCUGGUAUGCAUGUCAUUGAUUUGCCUUGUCUUCUUGUCUUUCAAUAGUCUUUCUGCUAUAUGCAUUUUCCCCUUCCUUUCUGCAGAGCUCACAAAAGUCCCCCCCAAUCCUUGUACGAGGAAACUGUGACGGUGACAUCGGACGGAAGUGUUGUGUAUGUGCCCAUGCUAACAUUGUACAGCACUUGCCCCAUGGACCUACGGGACUUCCCGUACGACAUACAAAGCUGCAGUAUGGUGUUUGGAUCGUGGAUGCACACUAGUUGGGAGAUGAAUGUUACUGUAAGUCAAGGAUUAAUUAGAUUGGAAUUCAUGGGUUAGAAAUGACUUUUACAGUAAGUUAAAGGCUAUUUAGAUUUUGAUUUCUUGUGUUAGAAAUGACUAUUACAGUUAGUCGAGGGUUAUUUAGAUUUUGAUUUCUUGGGCUAGAAAUGACUAUUACAGUUAGUCGAGGGUUAUUUAGAUUUUGAUUUCUUGUGUUAGAAAUGACUAUUACAGUUAGUCGAGGGUUAUUUAGAUUUUGAUUUCUUGUGUUAGAAAUGACUAUUACAGUAAGUCAAGGGUUAUUUAGAUUUUGAUUUCAGGGGUUAAAGGUUGAGGGUGCAAAGUGGAGAAUGAUGUGUGUUGUUAGGUCAGGUAGUGUCAUAGAGCUUGAUGGAUCUCAAACUGGAUGCUCAAAGGAUCUCGACUUAUGACUGAAUCCAACCACACAAAAAUGUCUAGGGUGUUUGAUAGAAAUGGCCUUAAGGCUGCACAUAUCUCUUUGUCAGUUCAUUUCCAAGAAGACCGAGAUGGAUGUGGUGCUAACUGAAGAGGACUCGUCCUACCUGGUACAUCAGCACCCCCAGUGGGAGCUGGUCAACAACAAGGCCCACGCCAAGCUUUCCCUGAAGAAGUACGAGUGCUGCCCCCAGCCUUUCACGCUCAUCACCAUCACCGUCCAGCUGCAGCGACGGCCACAGUUUUACCGAUACCUCACGGUGGGGCCGGCCGCCAUCAUGGGCCUUCUGGUUCCAGUUAUUUAUCUGGUCCCUGCUCCAAGUCACGAUAAAACUCUGUUUGGUAAGUCUCGUUGUCAAAUGUGUUCCCUAGUAGUACCCACAAUCCUCUUUCUGUCCUCUUGCUAUCCUCUUGCUGUCCUCUCGCUGUCCUCUUGCUGUCCUCUCAGAUACUACUUUGCAGCAUAGUGGUUUUUUUAAUUUAAUUUUUUUUUCUAUUGUUUUUUGUUAGCUGUAGAAGGCUUGUUGCCCACACGUUCGUUCCUUUGUUUAUUCAUUUUUUUUCCAGGUUUCCCCAUACUUUAUUUAACUCAUUGCAGUCUGUGCUAUAUCAGUGUUACUUUUAAACCAUGUAUUGUAACAUGAUGACCGUGGCGAGUCUGCUGGCAAUAUUUGAUGUAUGUUGAAGCUGUUUGAUGAGUUGAUAAUAACACUUUACAGUGUUGGAAAGCUGUUGAUGGCUUUUCUAUUGACAUUCUGUAUUAACAGCUUAUCAGUUGCAUUCUUACACAAAAUAUUGAUAUUUUGUAUAAACAGCUCAGUCGGUUGCUUUCUUACACCAUUAUGUGUCAUAAUUUUUUUAAGCGGAUCCUUCAUAUUUGAUCUCUUGUUAACAUCAAAUAAUGAAUUCAAGCUACUGAAAUAAGUUUCAAUAAAUUAUGUGCUUCAGAACACACUGCUUUAUUUUUGUUAUAACACACUGCUUAAUUUUUGUUACAACCCACUGCUUCAUUUUUGUUACAACACACUGCUUCAUUUUUGUUAUAACUAACUGCUUUAUAUUUCUUAUAACACACUGCUUUAUUUUUGUUAUAACACACUGCUUUGUAACUAUAUAUAUAUAUAAUUCGCCAGAAGUAGGGCAAACAACAAGAUGACCAUGCAGGCUAUUUAUAGAUAUGCCAGAGCAAGCAAGACGCAGGCAAACCCUCCCCUCCCUUCCUUUGCCACCCUUGCUUGCCAACCAGCUCGCGGCAUAUGCUAAGCCCCGGGUCGGCAUGAAAUAAAAUGUGUGCCGUGACGUAUCAUGAAAGGGGGAGGGGGGGGGGCGGAGCAACAUUUCCAUUCUUAAAUGAGCGUAACUUGAGUUCACGUUUUGUCAAGUAACUUUAGUAGAUGGGAAGUUAACGCAUUUCUGUCGCCAAUGUUUGGCGGGCUAUAUCCACCCUCGCUUGCCAGCCAUGCGCUCACUCCAACAAGCUCGCGGCAAAUGCUACGCUGCGGGUCGCCUAGUUUCUUAUAACACACUGAUUCAUUUUUGUUAUAACUCACUGCUUUAUUUUUGUUAUCAGUAUCAUAUUCUGCUUGAAGAAUAUAAAUAAUGUUUUAAAAGAGUGUUGUUUUCCUUGCCGUUAUAAAUACCAAUUGAAGAAAUGUUUAAUGUCCCACCUGCUGGGGUCACUUAGGAUCCCAGUAUGGGGGUCAAAAAUUUUAUAAGGUUAGUUGUGUCUGAAGUUACAUGUAACAGUCAGGGUUUUUGAAUAUUUUUUUCUAUCUGGAAGAAAUUAAAAAUAUGUCAAAGGUUGAAUAAAUUACCAAUGAAAUGUUGGGCUCUUAAAUCACCCAACUGGACUGUCCACCUGAUGUGACAAGGAAGAAAGUUUGGAGCUUUUACCUUAAGUGGCUUAACGUCCUGUUACAUGGAUAAAACUUGACAUUGUAUGAUGAGAUCUAAAUAUCUGUUUGCAAAAUAGAGCAAAAGCCACUGAAGAGGCCUGUGCAAAAAAUGUCAGGUUUACAGGUGAUAUGUGUGUGAUUGAUUGGGAAUGUAGGCGUCUGAUUGAUUGGGAAUGUAGGUGUCUGUUUGAUGUGGAAUGUAGGUGUCUGAUUGAUUGGGAAUGUAGGUGUCUGUUUGAUGUGGAAUGUAGGUGUCUGUUUGAUGGGGAAUGUAGGUGUCUGUUUGAUGGGGACUGUAGGUGUCUGAUUGAUGGGGAAUGUAGGUGUCUGUUUGAUGGGGAAUGUACAUUUCUGUUUGAUGGGGAAUGUAGAUGUCUGUUUGAUGGGGAAUGUAGAUGUCUGUUUGAUGAGGAAUGUAGGUGUCUGUUUGAUGGGGAAUGUAGGUGUCUGUUUGAUGGGGAAUGUAGGUGUCUGUUUGAUGGGGAAUGUAGGUGUCUGUUUGAUGGGGAAUGUAGGUAUCUGUUUGAUGGGGAAUGUAGAUGUCUGUUUGAUUGUGAAUGUAGAUGUCUGUUUGAUGGGGAAUGUAGAUGUCUGUUUGAUGGGGAAUGUAGAUGUUUGAUGGGGAAUGUAGAUGUCUGUUUGAUGGGGAAUGUAGGUGUCUGAUUGAUUGGGAAUGUAGGUGUCUGUUUGAUGGGGAAUGUAGGUGUCUGAUUGAUUGGGAAUGUAGGUGUCUGUUUGAUGGGGAAUGUAGGUGUCUGAUUGAUUGGGAAUGUAGAUGUCUGUUUGAUGGGGAAAGUUGGAUGUCUGUUUGAUUGGGAAUGUUGGUGUCUCUAUUGAUGGGGAAUGUAGUGGGAACUUAGGUCCCUAAUUGAUUGGGGACCACUCAUGCAAAGGCAUUCAUAUUUAUGUUGUAAAGGACAACAUAGCUGUGUGUGCUUGGUUAUAUUUUAGUUUUAAUUUCAAGCUUCCAUUCGCAGGACUUUUGCUGCUGUUAAGUCUGACUAUCCUGAUGAGCAUUUUGCAGCAGGCCAUUCCAUUUGACCACGGUUCAUUACCAAAAAUUUGUAAGUUAUUUUCACACAUCUUAAGAGCAGGAUUUGCGAGCUUAAGUAAAAAAUUUAAGGACCCAAAUUUCUGAUAUUUUGUUUAAAAAAUAUAUAUUAAAACAGUUGUGUGUUGUUAAUGCAUGAUCCAUUCAAUCUGUCAUACAUUAGAAUUCUGUCAUACAUUAGAGUUCUGUCAUACAUUAGAAUUCUGUCAUACAUUAGAGUUCUGUCAUACAUUAGAAUUCUGUCAUACAUUAGAAUUCUGUCAUACAUUAGAAUUCUGUCAUACAUUAGAAUUCUGUCAUACAUUAGAAUUCUGUCAUACAUUAGAAUUCUGUCAUACAUUAGAAUUAUGUCAUACAUUAGAGUUCUGUCAUACAUUAGAAUUCUGUCAUACAUUAGAGUUAUGUCAUACAUUAGAAUUCUGGUAUACAUUAGACUUCUGUCAUACAUUAGAAUUCUGUCAUACAUUAGAAUUCUGUCAUACAUUAGAAUUCUGUCAUACAUUAGAGUUCUGUCAUACAUUAGAGUUCUGUCAUACAUUAGAGUUCUGUCAUACAUUAGAAUUCUGUCAUACAUUAGACUUCUGUCAUACAUUAGACUUCUGUCAUACAUUAGAAUUCUGUCAUACAUUAGAAUUCCGUCAUACAUUAGAAUUCUGUCAUACAUUAGAAUUCUGUCAUACAUUAGAAUUCUGUCAUACAUUAGAAUUCUGUCAUACAUUAGAAUUCUGUCAUACAUUAGAAUUCUGUCAUACAUUAGAAUUCUGUCAUACAUUAGAGUGAAUUCAAGAAAGAAAUAUCUGUGCCUUUUUUUGUUCAUUAGCUAGUGAAUAUAUAUGAAGUUUCUUAUCCCCCUUCAAUACUUAAAGCGAUAAAGGACUCUUAUCAUUUUACUUCCAUUAUGUGUAAAACAUCUUCUUCUCAUCUGUUAUUAUUGAUACUAUAUUAUAAUUUCUUUUCAUGCAAUUAACUUUGUUCCAAUCUUGACAUUCAGGCUCAUUUUACCUGGGCACCAUGAUAUUGACCUGCAUGAGCAUUGUGACAUCCGUCAUUGUGGCCAACAUCAGUGUCAGAGGAACCAGAAGGAAGCCACUGCCUGCUUGGAUACAUGCGGUAAGGGAAAUCCUACUUAAGUCAAACAUAUAUCCACAUCUUAUGUUACACAUCAGUGAAUCUUGGGUGGUGGGUAACUCAUCUAAGAGAAGACAAAACUCUGAAAUCAAACCCUGAGAUGGAGUCCCUUAGGCGUUAUGACAUUGACACAAUGACAACUCCAGCAACGUUGAUCGCAUAAAGAGCACAAUGAAACGCAAAACACUCGCUGCUGGUCAUCUACUGCAUCUUGGUCUAUUUCCAGUCAUCUUAACUUACUAAGUCUUGCCGUUGGAUAAAAUAGACAAAGAUGAGAGAGUGAAGCUGACGAAAUGAGUAACUCUCCAUCACUUUAAAACAAAUCACAGCUCAAUUCAAGGCUACUACUCAGUUACUGGUCAUUUUCGUGUGCGAAGGACGAACAAAAAUAAUACUACCUACCACUUUUCAUCAUCACUAUUAUGUGUAGGCAUUGAUGGGCUGGCUAGAGUUUGAGACGUUGCAUACAUUCAGGCUCAAACAGGGAGUUGUCUAGAGCAGGCCUGCACAGCUCAAAAUGUAAGGAGGGCCUUAAUACGUUAUGAAAAACUUGCGCAGGCCCUAAUGCGUUAUGAAAAACUUAUAGUUUAUCCACGAUGUCUUAUAGUUUAUCCGUGAUGUAUUAUAGUGUAUCCACGAUGUCUUAUAGUUUAUCCACAAUGUCUUAUAGUUUAUCCAUGACGUCUUAUAGUUUAUCCACGGAUCAAAUAAUCCUCAUAAACUGUCCAACUUUUAUUAUCAAAAGACAUGAACUUUAAACUUAAUAACUUUUCUUAGGAAAGCUUGAAUCACCACACUGUGGUAAAGUAUAAUGAAAAAUACUAUUGUACUUUCUUUAUAUAAUUUUUAAAAGAAUGAAUGAAGCCCAGGGCUUAACCGAGUGCAGUUAUUUUACAUGGGAUCCAGGUAUUUUGAGAAAUAGGCCUAGAGACAGUCAUACACCCUACCUCCUGGCCUUUAAACAGUGUAUCUACACCCUGCCUGCCAGCCAUUGAAAAACAAUGCUACGGACAGUUCAGCAGACAGUCCUACACCAUACCAGUGGCUCUUUAUUGAGGGGGGAAGGGGGAGGGGGGGAGUUGGUUUCAAAACUGAAGCAAGACAGGACACAACAGAAGCAAAAUAAAUCUAAGAGAUUACAAGGUUUUUUAAUGAAAUAGAAAUAUUGUAGAUUAACAUGUUUCUGUUUUCUGUUCUGAGAAAAUAAUAUAAUAUAUGGUUUUAUGGUGUGUAAUUCUUAAAUAUUUAUUUGUGUGAAUGAUUUAUUUCAACAUGAUUUGUAUCUUGUAAUGUAUGCCUGGGCCUUGACCAGCACAAGACUCAAUAAUUUAGUCUAUCAAGCAUUCUAGUUAAAAUUUCAUUAGUGAAAUCAAAACCUGUGCCUAUAUUAAUCAACAAACUUUCGUUUCUGUCCAAUCUUUUAAAAAGUUUAACCAUUUUUUUUUCAUCAGAUAUUUCUAGGAAGGAAAAGUCUGCGUAGGCUUGUCUGUAUUGGAGACUACGGACCCAUCGGCAACCUCUAUGCCACUGAACUUCAAUCUACGACCUUUGCGCACGGAUUACAGGAUGUUGAAGGCGCGGUGGCAGGGGAACAGCUGCUAUCCAACAGCGGAGAGGAGUCCGGCAGCAGGGACAUGGCGCAAAUGAGCAGACACGUCAAGUACAUUGUAGGCAAGCUUGCCGCUGAUGUGACUUAUCAGAACAUCAAUCAAGAAUGGGAGGAGCUUGGAAGAGUGAUUGACAGGUGCCUUUUCUUGGCUUUUUUUGCGCUGUACAUUUUUACUGCAUCUUCUUUAUUGUAA